CAAACCAGACGUGCGCUUACUUGUACUGUACUUCCAAUUUCGCUCGAUCGUGGUAAGCUUAAACGCGGACAGGCAGGAAAAAAAAGAAAAUAAACGGGCACAAAAAAUUCUCGACAGAUUAAAAAUUUUAAAAAAAUAUGAGUGUUGUUUAUGUGUAGAUAUUAGUGUUUUGUUUAUUUUGCAAACCGUGAUGGCGAAAUCAACAUUGUUACUUCGUCAAUCCUUGUUCCACCGCCCCAGACGCCCCGUCUGCUCCUCUUCCACGGUGAGGUCAUCGACCUCCCCACAGCGAUGGAAAGCAGCCCCUGCGCCGGCGCCUACUCCUGUGCCUCUGAAGCCCUUCGUUGACAUUCCGGGACCCCUGGCCUUGCCCAUGUUGAGGCAUUCGGCUCAUGUUUUGCCCAGGAUAGGUAGCUUCCACCACGCCGUAGGCCUAGGGCUCCUGGAGCGUCUCCGAGUGCGCUACGGGGAGCUGGUCCGGCUGGCGAAGGGCUCGCGCUCGCGGCCCGUGCUCUACGUCUUCCACCCCGACAUGAUGCGAGAGGUUUACGAAAGCCGAGCUACAGAGUCGCCUCGUUGGGAGAAAUCACCGUUGUGUGAACAGAGGAGAUCUACUAGCCAAUGUCCUAUCACUGGAAAUGAAACUAAUGCCAUUUGGGCGGGAAUUCGCAUGCUCUUCCAAGAUGGCGCAUUAUCGAAAAAUUACGAGAAAGCAUUUGAAGAUAUUGCAACUGACGCCACUAACAGACUUGAAGCCCUACGCUUUGCUGACAACGCCCUGAAUGAGGAACUGGAGACGGAGGUGUACCGCUGGGCCUUGGAGACCGUGGGCAUGAUGAUGUUUGGCAUCAGGCUGGGCUGUCUGGACGGGGAUGUGCAUGUCCCGACUCAAGAAAAUAAGACACCAGAAAAAACGUCAAUGGACGACGACACCCCGGACCUCUGUUCCCUUUCCAAACGUUCCGUGGACGAGCUGAAUCCCGCAGAACGCCUUGUGAGGUGUACCCGGGAAAUAGCUGAUGGUAGCUACUUGAUGCGCAGCGAAGACACCCUCAAAAGCGAGUCGCAUGUCUUCAACAAGGCUCUGAAGGCAUUUGAUACACAUGUCAGCCUCACCGAUCAUUUCCUAACACGAACCCUUAAAGACCUGGACUCUGGUAUCACGAGACCUGAACAAAUACUCCUCGACAAACUACGGCCCCUGGACAGGCGGAUACUCCCAUUAUCAUCAGACAUGCUCCUUGCUGGAGUAGACCCUCUAGCCCAAACAGCUCUGAGCAUGUUCUACCAGCUCUCCCUCCACGCGGCGCAACAACAAAGAGCUCACGAUGAAGUGGCCUGGUCUGAAGCUUCGAAAGACGCCGGCGCCGAAGCUGAUGAGAUGCCGUACAUUGCUGCGUGUGUUCGAGAGGCGAUGAGACUGCUUCCAGCCACGGGCGGCGUUGUACGACGAAGCAAGGAACCGUUGGCUGUUGGAGGUUAUGAAAUACCUGAGGGGACAGACAUAGUCCUCGCACACGGAGUCAGCUCCAAAUCAGACAAGGAAUGGAGCAGACCCAAGGCCUUUAUCCCAGAAAGGUGGUGCAGUGAAGGUUGGGAGCCCAUCAGAGCUUCAAGGGCCCAUAACUUCGCUUCCAUGCCCUUCGGUGAAACCUGCCCCGCCACUGGAAUAGCCAACACAAUGCUAUCCCAACUAGCGAAGAAAGUAUUGGAAAAAUAUAGGCUGGAGUGGCACGGCCCGGCGCCAAAUAUGAUCACAACGGGGGUCAAUAAACUGCAGCCGCCAUUUUAUUUCGUAUUGCAAAAUGCGGCUUGAUUUUGUGCUGUGAUAUUUUUAGAUUGCGUGUUCCGUCAGGGUCGGAUUUAGGGAGCUUUAAGGCCCUUGGGCCUCCUGAUGAUUGUGGCCGACCUACCGAUUACGAGAUGCAUGCAAUAUGUAAUUUACAGCUCUCUAAAAUAGACAUAAAAAUUCAGAAUUGAUAACCAAAUAAGUACCUACCUCUUAUAGAUUGAGGUAGUCGCAACAUUACGAACUAAAUGUUCGCACAAACAUUGUGAACUAAAUGUCUUUACCAUUUUACAUUUUUGUCGAAUUAUUUUAUGUGUAGGUAUUUGAUAAAAUUUUCCAUACGUAUUCAUAAAAAAUAAUAAAAAAGGGAUUCUCCGCUGCCCCAGAGCACCCAGACGUCUGAAUCCGACUCUGUGUUCCGUAGUGAGAUUCAUAUGGUAACUUGUAAUGUAAGCAAUGCUGUAACCCGGUCUGAGCUAGCCCGCACCUAGCCUAGGUUCGAAAUCAAGUACUUAGAAUAUAUAAAUGUAAUUAAUAAAUAAAUAAAUGCGUAGGAAAAAAUAGUCCAUUAAUACAUAUAUUACUAUUGUUUAUAAUAUUUUUUGUAUGUAACUAGAUAGAUAACGAGUAUGUUUAUCUUAUUACGGUUAACUCAUGAGAAAUGCCUUUAUAAUUUUAUCUUAGGUAGGUUAUAAGCUUUUUGUUACUAUUAGUAAGUAUAAAAAAAUUACUAUAUAACAGAAUAUCUUAUGGUUAUACGUAAUAAGAGUUAUUAAUAAAAAAAUAUUUUAGAACGCAAUGUUUUUAUUAAUGUUGCGAUCUGCCUGUUAACUGUUAUUGACUUUUCCCGAAAAUAAAACGGAACAUAUAAUUCCCUUUCUCGUUUUAAUGUUUCAAUUUA